AUGCAGGAAGUUUGGACCAAAUUAAAGGAGGUGAAAAAGGGCUUAAAAGACCUUAACAACAAAGAAUUCAAAGGGGUUGUAGAAAAGAUUAAAAAAGCAAGGGGUCAGUUGCAAGAGCUGCAAGGAAAAAUGAGGGAUCCUACUCAAGCUAUCAAUACCUAUGACACAGAAAAACUGCUAAAGGAAAAACUAGAAAAAUGGAACCUCAUUGAGGAAAGUAUAUACAAACAAAAAUCAAGGAAUAAAUGGCUCAAGGAAGGUGACUGCAACACUGCUUACUUCUUUACUAGUGCUAAAAGCAGAAAAGCCCAAAAUCUGAUUAUCACACUUCAAAAUGAAAAUGGGGAUACAGUGAGUACAGAAGCAGGUAUAGAAGAAGAGGUCCUGGGCUUCUACAACAACCUUUUGGGGACAACAAACCAAGCUAUACCAGCUAUACAACCUCACAUGCUGAAUAAUGAGCCAACACUAACCAGAGAACAACAAACAGAGCUCAUAAAACCAUUCAGUGCUGUAGAUGUCUACCAAGCCCUCAAAGACAUAGGUGACAUGAAGGCACCUUGUAUAGAUGGUUUCAACUCAUGCUUCUUAAAAAAGCGUGGCCAACAAUAG